CUGGCUUGCCCCUCUCUCUUGAGAGUAGAGAGAUGAAGAUGCUCGCCGGGCUGCGGCGCAGUGGUAGCAGCACGGCGGCGAGCGCGAAGGAGCGCGCCUCCGUGCUCGAGCUGCAGAUGGCGGUCGGCGCACGGCCGGUCAACCGAGGCCACCGAGCACUCGCGCUGCUCGCAGACGCGCUGGAGGAGGAGCGGGACGAGACGGCCGGAACUAGCGCUCGCGUCCUCAGCCGGACAGCUUGGGCUGCGUUCUGCGCGGAUGGCGACGCGAUGGCCGACCUGCCUCUCCCCGCUGCCGAGUUUGAGGCGUGGGCGAGCAGGGUGACUGAGUGCGCGCGGAGCGAGAUUGAGCGAGGCGCCGGCGACGACGCGAUUGCGCUCCUCCGACGCGAGUGGGGCUGCGCUGUGCCGCUCGCACUCCAGACGCACGCACGCGCCGAGUCGGCCGAGGCGGUGGAGGAGAGAAGUCCGAGGUCAAACGAUGCAGCGCUGCAGCGAGCUCGAGAGGCGCGCAGCGGACGCGCGGGUCCGCCCAAACCGCGCGCCGCGAGUCCGCCGACCGACGAGAAUCCGUUCUUGAGCUGAUCGGCCG